UUCAGUGGCUGCGGAGCGAAGAGACGUGAAGACUUCUUCAGCGCCGUGUGCGUCUUAUUCAGCGUAAUUUUAAGAGGACUUUUACACAGUUUUAGCAUCACAACUAGCGGAACUCAUGUGAAAAAUUACUGAAAUGUUAUAAUUCGGGCACUACGACUGUUUUUAACCCGCUACAUCCACUCCAACGAGACUUUUUUUUCUCCUGUGAGAACCAGCCGUUGAGGGGAGACAGCUCAACUUUGGGCUGGCGACCUUAUGUGGAUUUUACAGAAAAUAUGGAGCAGAUACCCGGUUUCUCCUCGGGAAAAUCACUAGUCGUCGUCUUCUGCUUCAUCCAGCUCUCCCUGGCUCUGCAAUGUAUGGAUGAUAAAGCACCUUGUGUUAACAACGCUACAUGUCUGACCUUAAGCAAUGGCACUGAAUACUGCAGGUGUGCUCCAGGCUUCCUGGGUGAGUACUGCCACCAUAAGGACCCUUGUCAACCUGGUUACUGCCUGAAUGGAGGGAACUGCUCUGUGUCCAUGUCUGCUGGUGUACCUGUGCCAGGCAGCGCCAUCUGCACCUGCCCUCUUGGUUUCACCGGACAACAUUGCCAAACACCCCAGAACUCCACAUGUUACCCAGACAACCCCUGUGCCAACCGAGGUGUCUGCACCCUGCUGUCCCUUGACAAAUACAAGUGUGAAUGUGCCAGAGGAUGGACAGGACCACGGUGUGAGCAUGAGGACAGCUGUCUCUCUAGUCCCUGUGCCAACGGUGGAAGGUGCAGCUCUCUGUCUGGUGGUAGCUACAUGUGUUCCUGUCCUCCCGGCUACAAAGGUCCACGCUGCAUUAAUGACACAAAUGAAUGUGAAGACACACCCUCCCUUUGCCAGAAUGAGGGCGUGUGUGUCAACACCCCUGGCUCCUACAAGUGUACCUGUGCCCCGGGAUUUACGGGACAACACUGCGAAAGCUCCUACAUCCCUUGUUCACCUUCACCAUGUCUAAAUGGAGGCACCUGCCACCAGAGCUCUGAAACCAGCUACUCGUGCCACUGUCUUCCAGGUUUCAAUGGAACUAACUGUGAGAACAACAUUGACGACUGUCCAGAUCAUCAGUGUGCCAAUGGAGGAACCUGUAUGGAUGGAGUCAACACUUACAACUGUCAGUGCCCUCCAGAGUGGACUGGUCAGCACUGUACAGAGGAUGUGGACGAGUGUCGACUGCAGCCUAAUACUUGCCAAAAUGGAGGCACAUGCAGCAACCUGAUUGGGAGCUACGUUUGUGUGUGUGUUAAUGGUUGGAGUGGACCCGACUGCUCUGAAAACAUUGAUGACUGCGCUACAGCUGCAUGCAGCCCAGGCUCCACGUGCAUCGACCGUGUUGCGUCUUUUAUCUGCCUCUGCCCCCAUGGAAAGACGGGUUUGCUCUGCCAUAGAGAUGACGCCUGCAUCAGUAACCCCUGCAGAGAGGGCGCUCAGUGUGACACCAACCCCAUUAGUGGCAUGUUCAACUGUAACUGUCCACCUGGAUACGUCGGAAACACCUGCAACACUGACAGAGACGAAUGCAGCAUUGGUACCAAUCCAUGCGAGCAUGGUGGUCAAUGUGUAAACACUGAUGGCUCCUUCACCUGUAACUGCGUUAGAGGUUAUGCUGGGCCACGCUGUGAGCAGGAUGUCAACGAAUGUGCUUCAAACCCCUGCCAGAACGAUGGCACUUGCCUGGAUCGUAUUGGAGACUACACUUGCAUUUGCAUGCCUGGAUUUGAGGGGACUCACUGUGAGAUUGAGGUGAAUGAGUGUAUCAGCUCCCCGUGUCUGAACCAGGGCAAUUGUCUGGACCAGGUCAGCCGCUUUGUCUGCGAGUGUCCAGCAGGCUUCAGCGGUGAAACGUGCCAAAUAGACAUAGACGAGUGUUCCAGCACACCCUGUUUAAAUGGUGCCAAGUGUAUUGACCGACCCAACGGAUAUGACUGUGAAUGUGCCGAAGGCUUCACGGGUCUGCUUUGUGAGGAGAACAUCAAUGACUGUGUCCCAGCACCGUGCCACCAUGGUGUGUGUAAGGAUGGCAUUGCCACCUUCUCCUGCGAGUGCAAUCCAGGAUACACAGGGUCCAUCUGUAACAUCCAGGUGCAGGAGUGCCACAGCAACCCUUGUCAGAACCGAGGACGCUGCAUUGACUUGGUUAAUGCCUACCAGUGCAACUGCCCACCCGGAACCUUAGGUGUAAACUGUGAGAUCAACGAGGAUGACUGUGUCAGCAACCCUUGUGAGUAUGGAGUGUGCAAAGACGGCAUCAACGAGUAUGAAUGCGUGUGCAACCCUGGAUAUACAGGAGAUAAAUGUGAUGUGGAGAUCAAUGAAUGCAGCUCAAACCCAUGUAUGAGUGGCGGAACAUGCGAGGAUAAGGUCAACGGGUUCCACUGCCGGUGUCCACCCAGCACCCACGGCCCUCUGUGCCUCUCUGGGACUGACCACUGUGCUACCCAGCCUUGUGUGCAUGGAGAAUGUAUUGAACAGCAGCACGGGUACCGUUGUGAGUGUGAAGCUGGCUGGAUAGGACAGCACUGUGAGCAGGAAAAGGAUGAAUGCCAGCCAAGUCCGUGCCAGAAUGGUGGCACCUGUGUGGACCAACAUAAUGGGUAUACCUGUCAGUGCCAACUGGGGUUCAGAGGUAUGAACUGUGAGAAGAACAUAGAUGAAUGUGCAUCUGGGCCCUGUCUGAACCAAGGCAUUUGUGUGGAUGGAGUCAACGGUUACACUUGCCAAUGUAGUCCACCAUUCACAGGUAAACACUGUGAGGAGGAGCAGGUUCCCUGUGCUUCCCAUCCAUGUGAGAAAGGAGGAGUGUGCCGUCCAACUGCAGAUUAUACGUCCUUUACCUGUCGAUGUCCCGCUGGUUGGCAAGGUACACGCUGCAGUGAGGAUGUAAAUGAAUGCAAAAAGAACCCUUGCAAAAACGGUGGUCAUUGCAUGAACAACCAAGGGAGCUACAUGUGUAAAUGUCAACCAGGAUACAGCGGACACAACUGUCAGACAGACAUUGAUGAUUGCUCACCAAACCCGUGUCUAAAUGGAGGCACUUGCGUGGACGAUGUUGGGAGUUUCUCCUGUGAUUGUCGCCCAGGUUUUGAAGGGGAGCGCUGUGAGACUGAGGUAGAUGAGUGCGCUAGCCAGCCCUGCAGGAACGGGGCCAUCUGCCGGGACUACGUCAACAGCUUUGUGUGCAUGUGUCGACCAGGCUACAACGGAAUCCUGUGUGAACACAACAUCCUUGAAUGCACUGAGAGCUCAUGUCUGAAUAACGGGACUUGCAUUGAUGACAUCAACAGCUUUUCCUGCCGUUGUCGCCCGGGUUUUUAUGGGACAUUUUGUGAGGAGGAGCAGAACGAGUGCGAAUCUCAGCCCUGUAAGAACGGAGGCACCUGCACUGAUGGCCUGGACACCUACCGCUGCACCUGCCCUGUGGAAUACAAUGGACAGAACUGCCAGAACUAUGUGAACCUGUGCAGCCAGGUGCGCUGUCACAAUGGUGGCUCCUGCUCUCAGACAACAACUUCCUGGACCUGUCACUGUCUAAUGGGAUGGUCAGGACUUUACUGUGACGUCCCCAACAUGUCCUGCCAGGACUUUGCUGCCAGGAAUGGUCUGGAAGUGGAGAAUGUGUGUAAGAAUGCUGGGCGAUGUGUAAAUGUGGGCAACUCCCAUCAGUGUCAGUGCCAGCCAGGAUACAUGGGCAGCUACUGUGAAGAGAUGGUGGAUGAGUGUCAGUCAAACCCUUGUCGAAAUGGAGCAACAUGCAAGGAUUAUCAGGGCACAUAUGAGUGUUUAUGCAAACCAGGUUUCCAGGGGGUGAACUGUGAAUAUGAUGUUGAUGAAUGCCAUUCGAAGCCUUGCCUCCACGGAGGAACGUGUAUCAACCUCAUCAACCGCUUUACCUGUUCCUGCCCACCUGGAACACACGGACUCCAGUGUGAAGUGAAUGAUGAUGACUGUGCCCCCAAGCCUGGCUCCUGGGAACCUCGGUGUCUGAAUGGAGGACAGUGUGUGGAUGGCGUGGGACGUUACACAUGUUCCUGCCCUGCCGGCUUUGUUGGCGAACACUGUGAGGGGGAUCUUAACGAGUGCCUGUCUGGGCCUUGCCACGCUCCCGGCAGCCUCGACUGCAUUCAGCUGGUCAAUGAUUACCAGUGCCGCUGUCGCCUUGGAUACACAGGUCAUCAUUGUGAAUCCAUGGUGGAUCUGUGUCUGUCUAAGCCGUGCCAUAACGGUGGCGUCUGUUCCAUGAACAUGAGCUCAGUACAUGGUUACACUUGCUCCUGUCUUCCUGGCUUUACUGGAUUCAGCUGUGGUGAUAAAGAGGGCUACAAUUGUGCAAAGCUACGUUGCCAGAAUGGUGGGCGGUGUGUGGAGCCAGCAGUCGGCCAUUUGUACUGCCAGUGCCAGCCAGGCUUCACUGGACCACACUGUGAGAUUGAACAGAGGUGUCCCUUGGGUUGCCAAAAUGGAGGAACCUGUGUCAAAGACCCAUCCUAUCCAUACCACUACAGCUGUCGCUGUCCUGCACACUUCUCCGGAAGACUGUGUGAGAAUGAAGUACACACACCACGCAUGCCAACCUGCCCGUAUCCACAGUGUGAGCUGCAGGCCAAAGAUAAAGUGUGCGAUGAUCAGUGUAACAACCACGAAUGUGGGUGGGAUGGAGGAGACUGCUCACUCAACUGGGAGCAUCCUUGGGUUAACUGCACAGCCAGUGUGCCCUGCUGGGAUCGCUUCAAGAAUGGGAAAUGUGAUAAAGAGUGUGACAAUGCUGGGUGCCUCUUUGACAGCUUUGAGUGCCAGGAUACCUCAACAGCCUCCUGCAAAUAUAACACGUACUGCGCAGACCACUACGGUAACGGCGUCUGUGACCAGAGCUGCAACACUGAAGGUUGUGGCUGGGAUGGCUUGGACUGUUCUUCCGACAAUCCAUCCAGUUUGGCGGAUGGCACCCUGAUUAUUGUGGUCCUGCUGCAACCUAAAGAGCUGCUUGGAGACUUAAGGGGUUUCUUGCGCUUCCUAGGAGCCCUGCUGCACACUAAUGUGCAGGUGAAACUGGAUGAAAAUAAGAAACCCAUGGUUUACCCUUACCGCGGCAUGGAGGAAGAACAUGGCCAACAGAGGAGCAGGAUCAAGCGGGAGCAGGACAGGGAGGUCAUUGGAUCUGUUGUGCACCUGGAAAUUGAUAACCGUGAAUGCACCCUGAGCUCUGAAUACUGUUUUUCCAACACUGAUGAGGCUGCAUCCUUCAUUGCUGCAGCUCACAUCAAGGCUCAACUGCCUUACCCUCUAGUUGAAGUUGACAGUCGGCCAACAGACCCAGCUGAUCCACAGUACCUGAUGUACCUGGUUGGAGUAGCAGUGGUUAUCAUUCUGCUCAUCCUGGUCCUGGGGAUGUUGGCAGCCAAGAGGAAGCAUAAACAGGGUGUCCUGUGGCUGCCUGAUGGCUUCUUGGCCACUAAAAAUGACAAGAGGAGAGAGCCAGUGGGACAGGAUGACUUUGAUAUGAAGAAUUUCAAGACACAGGAUGGAGCUGUGAUUGAUGGAGGUCAGAGUCAGAGAUGGCUGGAAGAUGAAGUCCCAUCUAAGAAACCAAGAACUGAAGACAAGCCCUUGCUGCCCAUUACGAUGGAUGGAGGUGUUGACCGAAGAGAGUGGACUGUGCAGCACCGCAAAGCUGCUGACAUCACCCUUACUCCUCCACAGGCCGACCUGGAUGCUGACUGUCUGGAUGUCAAUGUUAAGGGACCUGAUGGCUUCACCCCUCUGAUGUUGGCAUCGCUGCGUAAUGGUGGAGGCCCAGACUGCAGCCUGCACGGAGAAGAGGAGGAGGAGAGCGGAGGAGAUGAACCGGGGCCGAGCGUCAUCUCAGACCUGAUCGCUCAGGGUGCUUCUUUAAUAGCUCAGACUGAUCGUACGGGAGAGACGGCUCUCCACCUGGCUGCCCGAUAUGCCCGAGCUGAUGCUGCCAAGAGACUGCUGGACGCUGGAGCGGAUCCCAACGCACAUGACAACAUGGGUAGAACUCCGCUGCAUGCUGCCGUGGCAGCUGAUGCCCAGGGAGUCUUUCAGAUUUUGAUCCGUAAUCGUGCAACGGAACUAGAUGCGAGGAUGAAUGACGGCACCACUCCACUGAUCCUCGCAGCCAGGCUAGCUGUGGAAGGCAUGGUGGAAGAGCUGAUCCACUGCCACGCUGACAUCAAUGCUGUAGACGAUCACGGCAAAUCCGCUCUGCACUGGGCAGCUGCAGUUAAUAAUGUGGAGGCCACGCUGGUGCUUUUGAAGAACGGAGCCAAUCGUGACAUGCAAGACAAUAAGGAGGAGACACCCUUGUUCCUUGCAGCCCGAGAAGGCAGCUUCGAGGCAGCUCAGGUUCUGCUUGACCACUACUCUAAUCGUGACAUCACUGAUCACCUGGACCGGCUUCCACGCGACACUGCUCAAGAACGCAUGCAUCACGACAUAGUUCGUCUCCUGGACCAGUACAACUUGGUUCACAGCCCACACAACGGGCCAAACCACAUGGGUGGAGGAGGAAACUCCUCUGUCAUGUGUGGGGCCAAUGGAGCAGGCUUCAUCGGCAUGCGGCCGGGACCGCAGGGAAAGAAGAGCAGGAGAGGUGGAGGUGGGGCGAAGGUGGCAGGUGUCAGUGGGGGGGCUAAGGAGCUGAAAGACAUGAAGGCAAAGAGAAGAAAGAAGCCUGCCGGGGGAGAGGGGCCGGGUUUGGGUGCUGGAGUUGGAGCAGGAAGUGGAGCAGGUACAGCAGGAGGGAGCACGAAUGGUGUGAAGGCAGCAGGACUUCCAGAGAGCUCUGUCACCAUGUCACCUGUCGACUCCCUGGAGUCACCUCACUCCUACACAGGUGACGUGUCCGGCGCCGUCUCCACCACAGCAAGUUCCCCACCCCUCCUGAGCAGUCCCACCUCCAGACAAAUGCUGCCUCCUGUCAGCCACAUGCUGGGACAGCAGCAGAGCUGGGUGGGCAUGAACAAGCACAGCUACGGCAGCCACAUGUUCGGCCUUGUUCCGCAUCAGAUGGGGGGAUCCCACCCUGGCAUGGCCCAACACCACGGCCAGAGCGCAAUGCUGACUCCCAUGAAUGUCACCAUGAGCAGGGAGCAGCUGCCGCCCAUCGUCACGUUCCAGAUGAUGGCACCUGGAGCGGGCCAGGCCAUGCUGAAGCAGUCUCAACCAGGGCAGGUGCAAGUCACGCAGUCCCAGGGGCAGAGCCAGAAUCAGGGUCACUCCCAGCAGGGGCCAGGCCACCUCCACUGCACCCAGGGUAUGAUGUACCAGAUACCUGAUCAGAUGAGUAUGGCACACGGGCUCCCCCACACCCUGCAGCACCCCCACACCGUCAGCCACGGAGGCCAUGGAGGCAUCGAGGGCCAGUCUCGGCCGCUGCCCUCCUAUCCGCCCAUGCAGAGCCCCGUGGAUAAAUACCCAACACCCCCCUCCCAGCACAGUUACACCACUGCUGGUUCAGAAGGCACCACACCCGGCCACUCUGCCCACCCUCCCAGCGAGCACCCAUAUCUCACCCCUUCACCCGAAUCCCCAGACCCUUGGUCCUCCUCCUCACCACACUCCAACUCAGACUGGUCUGAUGUCACCACCAGCCCCACCCCUCUGGGGAACUCCCACCAUGCACUGCCAACGUCACACCACACACACAUUCCAGAGCAGGCGCAGCUGCAGGCGCAGUCGCAGCAGAUGCAGCAGGCCUCUCAACAGCCUCAGCUCGGAAACAUGCAGGUGUUUGCGUAGGCCUGGCAGAGGAAAGCAUGAACAGACUGACUUUGUGUUCCUGUGUAGUUAAAUAACAACACACAGUAACGCAAUCGAUGCUUUUCUCACUUUUCUUGUUAAUUCUCUUUGUUCUUUCAUUAUAAUAAUCAAUCACCUCCCCCUUUUAUAUUUCCUUCUCCUCUUUGCACUUAAAGAAACUGUGUAUAGUUUUGAAAACAUUAUUGAGUACUAUCGGCUACAAAUCAAAAGCUCUCAAUACCACAAGCAUGGAGGAAGCAGUCACAAGCUACAAUCAUUUUUUCAUGCAGUUCCUGUGAUCCCAGGCCAAGCAACCUCUGCUCUCUGUUGACUGAGUCAAGACUUUUUUGAAUUUUUUGGCGCAACAAACACAAACUGUUUAUUGAGGGAUCAUGGAGGAACUGCUGACCAGAUGGCAGUCAGCUGGUACUGCAUGAGAAAAACAGACUGUCGAGAUAGACACUGACAGACUGUGGACUUCCUGCGUUGAUGUUGUCUGUUCUGGAUGAUAUUUCUUUCUGCUAUAUGCUAUCCUUACGUGUUGUUCAGUGUAAAAAGCCAGCAAAUACUAACUCCUCAGUGGAACCGUUCAAUCUGCUUUUUUAAGAUGAGUCACAUUCAGUUGAUGCUUUUAUUCUCGAAGAAAAACUACCUAUUUGUUGCCUUUUUGUCUUUUAUUCAUGCAUUGUUUUUAAUUGUGCUAAAGGGGAAUUUUUUUUUAUAAAAGGCUGUUGGAUGUUUAGGGUCAAGAAACAAGAAAUUGACACAUUGAAAACAAAUGCACAUGGAGGCAAUAUGUUACUGUGUAGGUCUAUGCUUCACAUGUAAACGCAUCAAUUACAGUUGAUACAUUGUAGUAUCUCCCAUCAAAUAUUACAGAAAGUUAAUAAAAUGCAGUUUUUACUUGCAUGUUGUGUUUGCAGUCAGUACACAGUGUAAUAACCAUGCUUCAGAAAUUCAGAGCUGAGUUUGUGCGGAUGUCUUGCCACACACAAUGCCACUAUACUUGAUGAGCUGUUGAGGGAUUAAUUCCAGAAACUUUAUGCAAAAGCCUACAUUAGUUUUGCCAGUCUGGUUUCUGUUGUGUCACCAGGUUUAGUAUGAUAAAAUGUACAUACACUUAGAACACAUUCUGCUUGUAAUAAUUGAGCUUAAUUGGGCAAAAACAUGUUGACUUUUUCAAAUGUUUUUUAUAUGAACACUGUUGGCACUUCCUGGAUGAUUCUGAAUGUUACAGAGGUAAAGGUUUUCUAAAUAGUUUUCCUUCCAAAAGUGUUUAACCAGCUUUGCUUAGCUACAAUCAGUGUGUCUCUGCACCUUUUUGUAAUCGUCAUGAUUCAUAAACCAAGUCUGGAGGUGAGUAAGAAAACAUUAUUUUCUUUUAUCUUCCUUCUUAAAGUCGAUGUCGCGCAUAGCUUUGUGUAACACAGACAAUCAUUCACUGUUUAACUUUUGAAACUUUAAAAAAAGGAACAUCAGUGUCUGUAAGACCAAAUUUUGUUUUAUUCUGCCAAAAAUGUACAUCGUGUGCAAAUUUCUGUUUGUUUUUAUUUGCAGAGAAAAAAGUCUUGCGUUCUAUCAAAACUUGGACACACAGCAGCACACACAUCCUGUACCAACAAAAUGUUAGCUUUGUUUUGAAUUACUACUGUGCCUGUGUGAACAAAACCAAAUGUUUCAUCUAUGUUCUCAGUGCCUUACGCUUCAGGGCCUCAUUCUCUUUACCUACGACGUCCCUACAGUUUCACAAACACAUUGAGGUUUUAGUCAACAUUUUUAUUGAGAAAUGCAUCCGUUUCCGUACAUAUGCAAGGCUGUGUCUAUAUUCUGUAUAUAAAAUGUUGUUUUUUUUUAUGUUUACUUUCCUCUGUUAACCAAAUAGCCCAUAAUAUACAUGCAAUAUGAAGUAGUUGUCACCAUGUUUGUAUAAGGUAGAACAAAAACUGAUUGUCUGUUGGAAAAAACAUGAUCAACCAAAUGUGUUUACCGAAAUAAAGCCCAGAUCUUCAUAGUAUUGUA